GAAGAAAGAGGGGCUUACGGGGCCCGCACUACCGAGUUCACUUACUUGCGGACUCAGUAGCUCACGAGAGGCCGUGCGGUUGAGUUUUCUCGAUUCACGGUGCCCGUUCACGGAGGCGCUCUCAACAUAACUGUAAAUCCAUCAAGUGAGGGAAGUGAUAGACGCGUAUGGACCCCAGCGCCGGAGCACGCGGAUACCGGUCGGAUAUCCAGUGUUUCGGUCUCGAGUGACACUCCAAUCACGUAUCGGGGACCGAGUCAGCUGGCCCCUGUUUUUUCGCGACGCCGAUGAACCUCUCGCGCGCGACCAGUAAAUCCAUCGUCGGAAUUUUUUGCAAGAAAAGUCUCUGUCCGUGCAGGUUCGUCCCAAAAUCCGACAUAGAAUUAUCCUGCGUUGAUCUCCACGCCGAUCCUUGUGAAUAAUCGCUCGUCGGCGUGAAAAAGGGACAGAGACAGGUAACAAUGAAUCAUCGUGACCGAAACCACAACAGGUGGAUUUGAUACAAGUUCGUCGUGAUCGUUUACUCGCCGUCGUGACCGUUCGUUUACUGAGUACUCUCGAGUAUGACACUGUUGUGUACAAGACCGUACUGACGUGUUUUGCUUCGAUCCAAACGUGUUCUUGCUCGCUGUGCCACGACCGCGAUCUUGACUACACCGCGGAGCAGGGGAGCAGCUCACUUACCACUUCGAUGUAGUGGUAGUGCAAAGUGACAACGUAGUGCAUCGCUCCCGACGUCAAGUCACGAUGCCAAAGAUCUUUCUGAUCAAGAACCGACUGCAUCAGCAGCAGUUGCGGUUACUGGAGUCGCAGCAUCUCAGCAAAAGUCCGCCUCUCGGUAGUGGCAAGGACAGCCCGCUUGGCAGCUCGGAGCCAUUGAGCCUCAUCGUUAACAAGGAUCAAUAUCGUGACAAGACUGAUGAUGAUCGUGCGACGACUCCUGAAUCCCUUCGCAGCAGCAGUCCGGCUCCAUCGCCGUCGCCGCCGCACCCGGCGAGCAAUGCGACUAGUCCGCAGCCGAGAAGAUUCAUCUCCAGCAUCCUCGGCGGCGAUGUGCCGUACGGCAGCCGACGCCACGUGCUCACUCGGGCAGAGCGAAAAGAGUAUAGCAGCCCGCCAAUAGCCUCGGACGAUCCACCACAGUUCCUGUCCAAAUCGGAGAAGAUCGCGUUGCCAAGGCCGAAAACACCGCCGAAAACACCCCGUGUCGAGCCGCCCACAAGGGUUUCGGUUAUCCAGAGGGUGCCGCCGCAAAGCACCUCCAGGAAAGAAGAGAAUAAGAUCGAGAUCGAGAGAAUCGAUCCGAUACAGACCCCCGAACCGGAACAGGAUCAACCCAUAGACUAUGCGGUGCCGAAACGAAAGGAGGAGGACGAGGAGAAAUGUCGCGAGGGCGCGAUGGUGUCGCGCAGCCCCAGCACCUCGAUCUCGAAGUCUCUGCUGGCCGUCAAACUCUCUGGGUCUCAGAUAGUGCAGGCGGCCGCGGGACAUGGCAGAUCCUCGAAUUCGGGCAGUUCUUCCGGCGGCGGUGGUGGUGCCAACAAUUCCUCACCAUCGUCGAACGGCGGUGGCGGCGGCGGCGGUGGUGCUAUGAUCGGGGGAUGCGGUAACGGAGCGAUGAUUGGUAGCGGUGGUAGCGGCGGCGGCGGUGCUCUGGGCGGGGGAGCUGGUGCGGGUGGCAUGCCUCCCGGUGGAAACGGGGGUCGUGGCAACUACGGGCCAAGUUCGCCGCCGACGGGAUCUCUGCCGCCGUUCUACGAGUCCCUGAAGGGUGGCAACAACCUCGCGAACUUCGCCAAUCAGUACAACAGCUCUCAAGGAAACGCGUAUCUCACACCUUUGACGGCCGUCGGGAUCGAAUGCGACACUGGGCAACAGGAUAACUCUCAGCACGCGCAGUACAACGCGCAAGAGGGCAAACAAUACUCUCUCCUUCAGAAUGUCUGCGCGAACGUUUGUGCGUCCUACGGUCUGAAUUUUAAGGAAGAGGAAGAGGAGCUAGCGGGCUACAAAAUUCAGCCGAACGACCUGCUGUCCACUCAAUAUGGCACCUACGAUGUCACCGAUACAGGCAUGAUGGUAGACAUGGUAACUGGUACCAUGGUGGUGGAUCCGCUACAGUUCACCGCAGCAACCUUGACCUUCAACUCGCCGUCUGAUCACACGGCGCUCCUCGAAACUCUCAACGAUGCGGCGGAUCUUCUGUUGCCCAGGCUGCAGACCGAGGACGGCAGCAGCGAUCUCCUGGAGGAGUCGCUACACUCGCCUGCCUCGACCGGCAGCAGUGGGAUCGGUCAAGACGCCGGUCAGAUGACCACUCCCGUUGAGCCUAGCGUCGAUCCUUUCCCCGAGCAUAGCAUGGCCUUGACCAGAGGCUUUGACACGAGACACUAUACGACUCCGCAACACUUCAACGCGUCCAAGCUUGCGGGAUUGAGCUACGCGGCCGGUGAGACGAGCUAUCAGUCGCUUCAAAAGGAACGUCCAGAGCUCGGAUUGCAUGUCAACCAAAAUCAUCAGCAUCAGCAGGAACAGCAGUUGCAGAUUCAGGUGCAGCUGCAGCAGCAGAAGCAACAGGCUACGUCGCCGCACCAACAACAGCAACAGCAUCAAAGUCUUCUGAGUCCCGGAUUGAAUUUCAAUAAUGGUUUAGAGAUAGACUCCGGUAGCAGCGUAGGCGGAAGUUUACCCAGCCCCGGGACUGCGAGCUGUUCCUUGGACGGCGCCUCGACCGGCACUUCACCGUCAUGCGGACUGGGAGAACACGCGCAUAGUCCAGUUGUGUCACCCACCACAGUCGCAGCUCAAGCCGCCGGAUCGGUAAACGAACCGCCGCUCUCGCAACGGGUCGGUGUACUUCAACAAAGGCUGGGUUUACCGAGCGAUUGUCAGCUAGAAUUUGUUAAUGGUGGUCACGGCAUAAAAAAUCCUCUAGCCAUCGAGGGUCAGAGACAGGCGGCAGCUACUCGAGAUGAGGAAAGAACUAAUCGCACUCCGCCUAGCAAGGACGACGAUCCCAGUCGCUUCACCUGUCGCGUGUGCAGCAAAACUUUCAGCCUUCAGCGGCUUCUUAAUCGUCACAUGAAGUGUCACAGUGACGUGAAACGUUACUUGUGUACAUUCUGCGGGAAGGGCUUCAACGAUACGUUUGAUCUCAAGAGGCAUACACGGACGCACACAGGUGUGCGACCCUACAAGUGCUUCCUCUGCGAGAAGAGUUUCACGCAACGGUGCUCACUGGAGAGUCACGGCCAGAAAGUUCACGGAGUUCAGCAUCAGUACGCGUAUAAGGAGCGACGCGCUAAGAUGUACGUCUGUGAAGAAUGCGGACAUACGACGCAUGAGCCUGAGGUGCAUUAUCUUCACCUGAAGGAGCAGCAUCCUUAUAGUCCGGCAUUGCUGAAAUUCUACGACAAGCGGCACUUCAAGUUCACCAAUAGUAACUUCGCCAAUAUGUUGCUCCAGGUGGGCACAGACUCCGCAUAGACACGAUAUUAAAUGUUGAGUCUCGUGUUAGGUAGAAGAUAGGGUAGACCCGUUGAUUAAUCGACGGUCUGAUAUAGGGAGGCUUCGAUACUCGAACGAACAAAACAAAAUACACAGCGCGGUAUGCAAGAACACGAAAUUGUUCUUGUUGAUGUAACUCUUCAGGGUGGCCUGUUACAACGGGACUCGCGGAAUACGGACAGCUGCGGCCUCGCGGAGCGACGAGAGACGGCCUCGAAGAGCAGCGGCGCGGCGCAUCAACAGACCACGACCAGCUUCUAAAUCCGUCGAGAACGAGAGUCCGGCCGAGAGAUAAAGGAAUAAAAAGAGAGAAAAGGAGAGAUUGAUCACGCGUUCGUUCUUCAAUCGAGCAGACAAAGGGAGGGACGUUUCGCGCGUAAAGUACCUGCAAGUGGCUCCCAUUGCGGUGACACUGGAAUAAACAUCGAAGUCCGGCGACAGGAUCCGAUUGAGGGAUCGUGUGGGAUCUGCGAACAAUUAGUUCCUGCCGCCUUACAUUCGGUAGAGGAGGCAGAGGACGAGGAGAGGAAGAGGCGAAAGAAGAAUAAGAGUAAGGGAAGAUCUUCACGCGCAGCUACGAUGACCGCGAAGUCGCGUACACGGUAUUUCUCUUGUAGCUUUUCGCCGAUAUGUGGAGACGAAGUACGAUUAAGCUUGCGCAUUAUUGUUUCUUUCUUUCUGUCCGGUUCGGUAAGAAAGAGAUUACCGCUUUACGAAGAAGAAAGACAGAUGCUCGAAAAGUAGUACUGUCGUAGCGUUAGUUGCAGCGUUUGACAAAAUGCAGCUUUAUUAAUGAAACUUCAUUAAUAAUGCGCCUCGGAGUUCUAAUGGCAGCGCGUCGGGUUCUCAAAUUCCAACGAUCGUUCUGCCAGGUGAAAACAAUUCCAACUUGCCCGUUGCGACGCUACGAAAUCUCGCUUCUAUCCAUUCUAUCGGGGAUAGUGUCUCGAAUUUCUUUCUUAAAUGUUCUUAGAGCGUUUCUUCUUGUAGGUGCAUUUUUAGCUACGUAACAGAUUAAUUUAAAGAAAUCCUAGAACUGAUAAUGGAUCACAGGAGGAUGCAUGGGAUACAGACGCAUGUAUGCGUAUGCACACACACGCACACAAACCAACACACAUACAUACAUAUCCUGUUACACACAAUCACAAAUGUAGAUCUUAGGUGAUAAAUAUUAAUAUCGUGGACCAGAGGCGCGCGCGACAUCGAGCAGACCCAAAGACUCGGAUAGAACGUUUCAGGAAUGCCGAUCGUCCUCGGCGAGCGUGCCGAGGCGGGAGAAGAGUGCGAUCACACGGAAGACUUUUUUUUUCUCAGAGAUGUACGGCGAGUUACGUUGCUUUUCGACUCGAUGGGCGAAAUGGGGUUCUUGACGUCGCGAUCGCCAGGGAAUUCCUUCGAUCGCGGCCUUCAUCCUGAAGCCUCAAUUGUCCUCGAUCGUUCGAGGCACCGGAAUCGAAGGGAUUCGCGUCGUCCAACACCGGGUGUCGCGAAAGCGGGGCGAGAUCACGUCGGUGAAGUGACUCUGCGCCGUACCAUCGUAGAAAUAAAACUUGGCGCUACCGACGUUAUAGCGGAAUAAUUGUUGAAGGAUAAUUAAAACAAACGCUCUCCCGUGCCGUUAAUCACGAUUGACGAUUUUAUUAUCGAGAUUCGAUUUUAAAAUCAAUUUUCGGUCUCGAGGGAAAUGUUCCAAGUUGAUAUUUGUUACAGCAAACCGAUACACCGGUAUCGUUUUAGAUAAAAACUUCAGCUUUUAUUAUCCUCACUUUUUAUUAUUUUUCUAAACGCCGGUAGUGUAUAUAUAUAAUAUAUAUAUAAAAUACAUACAUACAUAUACCCCUAUACAGUACUCGUGUAAGUUCCCAACCGAAGUGCACUUUGGGUAAUCUGUGAUAUGAUAAGAGUAACAAGACAAUCCACUCACUCCUCCAUGCACCGGAUUUCGCUUUUCCGCUCUUUUGCGCUUAUGGUUUUUUCUUCUUCUUCUUCUUCUUCUUCUUUCAGGGUCAGGUAGAAGGGUAGGUAAGGGUAGGAGGAGGGCACGCAUCGUCGUAUACACACUCCACACACACACAUAUACACACAUGCACACAUUUACACACAAAACGGGAUUUCGUGCAAUUCUGAGGUGGCAGUACUUGGAUCGGGUGACCGAUAUACUUAUUCCGCUCGAUUCCCUCCGUCGCGAACUUGUCCUGCGGGGAAAUAACAUACGAGUUCUGAAGCUUAGGAUGCUCAAAGACGGUUGUUCGGCGAGCGGCGCGAGUUAAUCUCUCGGGACCAGAAGAUUAAUCCUUUGAAACGCGGCGGUCGCGACGCACAACUUUUUUUUCCUUCUCCUUUUUUUAGGCAAUAUUUUUUCAUCCACCUGCUGGCUCCCAUCGCUGUGUAACAUUUCGUUGGCGUAACAAUUGAGAAAUUUUUAUUUUUAAACGAUAAGGCUACCUACGUCUUCAUUACUUCAGAGUUUAGUCUUUUGUAUUUAUUUGUACUAUAGGUCACAUAUCUUAUUAUAGAGUAACUGAUGUAUAUAUGUAUAUAGGCUUGUUUAUGCUGGCAUGCACGUGACUCAAAAUGCGCUUGUCAAAGGGUUAAAAAGGGCCGUUGGCGAACAUGACCUCGAAAGCAUUGUCCUUCAACUUUCGGGCGAGCGCGAAAAGGUAUGAGGCUUCGUAAACGCCCCAUGUGUCACCUAUUUUGAGAACAUGCAUUUUUAGGAAAUUGAAAAUGAUGAUAGUAUAUAUUAUUUGUGGCUUGUCAAAUGAUGAUAAUACAUGUUAUUUGUAAAUUGCAAAUGCCUAUUUACGGAAUCUGAUAAAAGCUAAACGAGCGAUAAACAAAGGAAUUUGAGAUCUGAUUCUUUAUUUAUUUAUAUUUUUUUUUAAAUGUAUAUCGUACAUUGUAAGACGGCGUCAUUAAUGCCUUCCUACCUGAGGAGAGCCGCGUCCGAGUCAAAUAAUAGAUCAAAUAAUGAUAUCUAUUAUUUGACUCGGACCUGGCUGUCUUUUAAGCGGGAAGGCAUUUAUGAUGCCGCGGCGCCGUAUACAUGAAAAAGUAUACAAAAUUUACACAAUAUUAUUAUUAGACUACUAAGAAAACGUGCUCACUGCACGAUAAAAAUUACAAUUGUAUUAUAUAAUUAAAAAUGCGGAAAAAUUUACUUGUAUUUAAGAUUAAAUUAUAUUCGUCAUCCUUGGCUCGUACGAGACGCGCCCGCCCGACAAUUAACGCGCUCAGAGGAUUUGAUAAUCUUAAUCGAAUGAUGUAAAUACGCCGUAUAGGAUUCUAAGCAGACUACCGAUAUAUAUUUAAUUCUCACAUAUAUUCAUGUAUUCGUUCUUAAGCCCGCGGUUGUCUCGGCGCGGGCGUUGAUGCCCCGCCGCGUGAGACGCUCAACCUUGUUGUAAAUAGUCUUCAUUCCAGCGGCGGAAACGGGUACCGAUUAGUCCGCGAUCGUUAGUAUCUUGCUUACGACAGUAAUAUACAUAACAACGUACUUGUACAGCAAAUGUACGAGGACUGGGCAGGGGGACCAGCACGGUUUUCCUGUACUUACAUCUUGGAGCAAAGUACUCGAGGAUAACAGUACUUGUCGCGCACUGUCAAUCACAAGUUAAUACGUUGCGUAUUAUUAUCAUCAUAUUAUUUUAAUACUAUUACUAUUAUUAUUAUUAUUAUUAUUAUUAUUAUUAUUAUUAACAUUAUAUUUUUAAACGAUAACGCUAUCUAUGUUUCCAUUACUAUUUAAUUUACGCUCAGUAUUGUCGCAAAUAAUAGCACUUUACACAUCUUCAGCAAAUUUAUCGAUUUGACUAUCGACAUAAUUAUUAUCACCCCUUUACUUUGUUGUUACUUCGAUAUUUGCAAACGCUAUUAAUUUUCUGAGACGUUCAACUUUUCAUCCGUAGUUAAUAAUUUGUCAUUAUUAUUAUUAUUAUUAUUUUUAUUUUUAUUAUAUCAUUAUUAUAUUAUUAUUACAUGCGCUGAAUAAUAAAUUUAAUUAUUGAUUCUAAAAUUAUUUUAAUAUUAUAGAUAGUUCUGCACAUAUGCAGAAUAUACAGCCCGAUGCGGAGUGCUUCUUAAUUAUAUGUGAAUACUUCAAUCUCGAAAAUAAGUCGAAAAUAAGAGAAAUAAUAUAUGAGUGUAGAUUGUUUAUGCUUUAUCUUCAGAAUUGUAAUAAAUUAGAGAAAAUAAGAUUAUUAUUAGAUAUUUCAAAGUGCCAUUCGAAACAACGUAUUACAAUUGUAAUAUAUGUGAAUGUUUUAAUUAUAUUAUUUUAUUUCGAAUUCCAUUUUGAAAUAUAUCUGUAUUUGCCGAUUGAAGUAUUGGCGUAUAAUUAAAAAUCAGUCCGUAUAAUAUUUAUCAGAUUGUCCGGUUGCAGAAGCAAUCUUCUUGUUGCAGAACAUACGUAAGGGCAAAGAUUAUGAAUGGGAAACUGGCGUAGUGUGCAAUUUGCCCAAUCUAUUAGGUAUUUAGGUAUCUAAUAGUUACUGAUUAUUUUAUAUAGGUAAUCAUGCUAUACAGAGUUUGAAAAAAAACCUUUCAGGUUUAAAAUUCUUCACAUAUAAAUACACAUAUUUUCUUAAAACCGUCGAAAAUCAGACUGAUUUAAACAAAAUAAUCUUAAGCAACAUAGAAUGUAGACAACAUUUCUAUGCAGCGGGAUAAAAUACUUUUUCCUCCUGGGUUGAGCAAACUGGACACUGUUAGGGCGAGCUAUUAACGUGCGAUUGCAAACCGAGUGUGUGAUGGUAUGCGUGGAUAUCGUAUGGGAGUAUACGUGCGGAUCUGUACGGCGUGUAUCACAGCCUUUAGCUAUACUUUCGGCAUUUUAUAGACAAAAUAGAUAUUGGAGCUUUGGAGAGGAGAAUGUAGAAAGUGCAGCUAAAAUUGACGGAUUUAACGUUCCACGUGCUGUGCCGUGUCGUUCGCGAUUUUGUAAAUUCUAUUAGAGCGCGACUGCGUUACCCGGACAUUGGUGUCUACUUAUUAGAGAUCGUUAUUAAUUGUAGCUAACGGUAAAACGUGGUUACGCGCUCUUAUAUGUUUGCAAGAGGUAAUAAAAAUUAAUAUUAUGUA